UGCCUUGUGGGCAGUGCUUCCCCAGCUAAAUGUAGCUCAGCGCCACUGUCAGCCUCCACGCAGAAAAGCACCAUCUGGUUUGCAGUAAGUUUGCUUUCAAAAGCUAGUAUGGAUUGGUGCGUGCUUUCACUUCUGCUCCUUAUGCUGGGCAAAGACGGGUUGUGUCAGCAAGAGGAAGUUUGCUCUAAGUCAGUGAUCAACUCCUGUGAUGACUGCAUCAGAUCUGGGCCAUACUGUGCAUGGUGUCAGCAACUGAAUUUUACCAAAACUGGUGAGCAGGAAGCCGUCCGCUGUGACACUCAAGCAAAGCUGAUAGCAAGAGGCUGCGAGACAAUAGACAUAAUUUCCCCCCAAAACAUGGAGAUGAUUACCCAGCAAGACCCUCUGUCCAGCUCAUUUGACACUGAAGAACCUGUCCAAAUGAGUCCUCAAAAAAUCAAGCUGAAACUGAGACCUGGGCUUCCACACAAAUUCACUGUUUCCUUUAAGAGGGCUGAAGGUUACCCAGUGGAUCUGUACUACCUGAUGGAUCUCUCUUACUCCAUGAAGGAUGAUCUGGAAAAUGUCAAAGGCCUGGGAAAAGAUCUUUUUGCUGCUUUGAAUAAAAUUACUAAACAUGCUAAAAUAGGGUUUGGUGCCUUUGUUGAUAAAACAGUCCUUCCUUACACCAACACCAACAAGGAGAAACUGGAGAAGCCAUGUGAUGAAAAUGAUCAGUUUUGUCAGGCUGCCUUUGGCUACAGACAUGUGCUUAAUAUGACAUCAAGCCAGGACGAGUUCCAAAAAAAGGUGGCCGGACAGUUUAUUUCUGGGAACUUGGACUCUCCUGAAGGAAGUCUUGAUGCUAUGAUGCAGGCUGCUGUAUGUGGGGAUAAAAUAGGCUGGAGGAACAGCAGCACUCGGUUAAUUGUGCUGGCCACGGAUGAUGGAUUCCACAUGGCUGGGGAUGGAAAACUGGCUGGAAUUCUAGAACCCAAUGAUGAACUCUGCCACAUGGAAAACAACCUUUAUGUCAAAAGUAGUGAGUUGGACUACCCAUCUGUUGGACAAUUAGCUUUGCAGCUGGAACAAAACAAUAUUCAGCCAAUAUUUGCAGUAACAGAAAACAUGAAGGACGUUUACAUGGAACUCACCAAAAUGAUUCCAAAGUCAGAGGUGGGAGUUUUGUCAUCAGAUUCCAAAAAUGUUGUUCAGCUGAUUGAAGGGGCGUACAAUAAAUUAUCAUCUAAAGUGACAGUGACUCAUGACAUUCUUCCUGACAACGUAAGAGUUGAGUACAUGCCAGUGUGUGCUCAUCCAAAACAAGAGGGCCCCAAUAAAGGGGUCUGUGAUGAAGUGCAAGUGGGACAUGAGAUAUCUUUCGAGAUUACUGUGACAGUAGACAAAUGUAUGGAGGAAAGGUCCUUCACUAUCAGCCCACUGGGAAUUAAAGACAAACUGACAGUAACAAUUUCUACCAACUGUGAGUGCCAAUGUCAUGACUCUGUUGGCAGCUAUCACUCACACUGUAAUAAUAGAGGGAGCGUCAAAUGUGGCAUUUGCAGGUGCAAUGAAAGUUAUGUGGGUCAGUUCUGCAACUGUGAUAUUGGUAAUAAAGAUGAACACUCUCUGCGAGCAUCAUGUCAGAGGCAGAAUGGCACAGAGUGUGAGGGUCGAGGAGACUGUGUAUGUGGCAGAUGCCAGUGCCACACUACUGAGGAAAGAAGCUUUUACCAUGGAGACUACUGCGAGUGUGAUGAUGAACACUGUGAAAAAUUCCAGAAUAAACUGUGUGCAGGAAAUGGAGAUUGCCACUGUGGAAAGUGCAGAUGCCACCCAGGUUAUGAGGGCACUGCUUGUCAGUGCCCAGUUUCUGAGGAGGGCUGUCGUACGCCAAACAACACUGUUUGCUAUCACCGAGGGAACUGCAAAUGUAACCUUUGUGAAUGCAAAGAGGGAUAUCAGCGCCCACACUGCCAGUAUUGCCUUGGCUGCCCUGAACCAUGCCAGAUCAAACUGAGUUGCAUUGAAUGCCUUGGCUUUGACUCGGGUCCUUUGAAAAAGAACUGCUACACUGUUUGCAGUAAAAGCAUUUCCUUUGUGCUUGUUGAGAAAUUCAGCUUACAUACCAAAGAAUGCCAACAGAAGGACAGUCAGGGAUGUUGGAUCAAAUUUAAGCUGGAGCAGUUAGUUGGAGAGGAUAACUACAAGGCUGAAAUACUGAAUAAGAAAGACUGCCCGGAACCGCCCAGUGUCAUAGCUAUCAUAGCAGGUUCCAUUGCAGCUGUGGCCUUUAUUGGGAUUCUGCUGCUGAUGCUGGUCAAGUUACUGAUCCACAUGAAGGACCUCAAAGAGUUCAAGAAAUUUGAAAAUGAAAAGAAGAAAUCCAAGUGGGCAAAUGCUGACAAUCCAUUGUUCCAGAAUCCCACCACUACUGUGGCCAACCCACUGUUUACAGGAGAGUGAAGACCCCCUGCUGCAGCUCUUAUAUCGACGUUUAUUCCGUUUUUAUUGGACCAGAAAGUGCUUGCAAUACUCAUAUUCAUUUGAUUUUAAUGUUUUGAAAUCUACUUAACUUGUGCAUAAAAUGAUUAUAAUUAUUGUGGAUGGAGUAAAGUUAGUUUGCUGAGCUCAUAUUGGCUAAUAUAACUUCUGUCAGUUUAAAAUGGCUGUCUUUUCUGCUGAUAGACACUGUACAGUUUAAAGAUCUAUAGUGACAUUCAAACGUUUGUAGAACUGAGCUAUUUAUUUUGAUGAAACUGUAAAUUAUCAGUACAAAUAUACACUUCAACCAUAGGAAUAUGACCAGAAACCUUUUGAUCUUGUUAAUGUACCUCUUAACCGAUGGUGCUUUUGAGGUCUGUUGAAAAUCUCAGCUUUUUGGGAUGUUCUGUGAGCCAUUAUGGUUCUGGCAAAAAGGACCAAUAAUAACAUUUCUACUAAUUACAUUUCUGACAAAUUGCUAAGGUGGAAGGGGCCUAAUAAUAUUUUGCUGGUAAGUGCAAAAAUAGUUUAAAUGAAUAACUUCAAUUUUUCUGAUUUCCAAUAAUUGAAUUUCUGUUCCUAUAUUCUGACGUAUUUGCAUAUGUACCAUAUUUCUCAACAUUAAUUUUAACAAAACAAAGAUACAAAAUUCCCAGCACAUUUAUGUGUUCAGGAUGAAGUGGUGGGUGUGGAGAGAAUAAAAUGGAAAAAGUAAACUCAACGAUAUUCUGAAGCAGACAAAAAAGAAGCAAUUAACCUCAAAAUGUUUGAAUCAACAAGGAAGCUGAAUGUUACACGAGCAAAGGUCCAACUGUCAGUCUUGCUACAUGGGAAGCCACAUAAAUUUCUUCAUGUAUAUUAAUUAGUACAUAUCAAGUCAAAUAAAUAAUCAAGUCAG